CUCUGUAUUCCCCUCAGAUGUCUCUACACCUCUUUAUGUACCUCUGCUCUGUAUUCCCCUCAGAUGUCUCUACACCUCUUUAUGUACCUCUGCUCUGUAUUCCCUUCAGAUGUCUCUACACCACUGGUACACUGAUGGUUUCCUUCUCCAGUUCAGCUCUGUCCAUGCUGCUGUUCCCAGCCCUGUCUUUCAUCGCAGUGGGAGGUAUAUUGUUCCUCAUCACAAACAUACAGGUUGGGAACCUGUUUGGCUCCCAUCGUUCCACCAUCAUCACCCUCUAUAAUGGAGCCUUCGACUCUUCCUCGGCUGUCUUCCUCAUCAUCAAGGUGAUGUAUGAAGGAGGGGUCUCCCUCCGCUCCUCCUUCCUCAUUCUCUCUGUCUGCAGUGUCAUCCACCUCCUCAGGACGUUCUUCCUCAUGCCCAACACCCACAUUCCCUACCCACUCCCUGAGGGCUUCACCUAUGGCGUAAGCCCUGGAAAGUCCAACAGCUACAACGUAGAGGAGAUUGAGAAGACGCGAGAGACGGGGAUGACAUCGGAGGGGGAGGGGCCAGCUGAGACCGACAACAUGCCCCUACAGCCUGAUGAUGGGCAGCAGUCGGAAGACUCUGGGAAAGUGGCCAGUUUCAGGAGCUGUGUGCAGUCGUGGUUCUUCCUGUGGCAUCUGGUGUGGCUGUCUGUCAUGCAGCUGAGACACUACCUCUUCAUCGGAACACUGAACCCCAUGCUCAACCGGCUGGCCGACAACGACUCAGCCCUGGUGAGUCAGUACACCAAUGCCUUUGCCUUCACCCAGCUCUGUGGGGUCCUCUGUGCUCCCUGGAAUGGCCUCAUCAUGGACAGACACAAGGGGAAGCCUCUGGCUCCAGGAGAAACAGAUAAGGAGGCAGACCUGCGCUCCUCCUCUCUCUCCCUCUUCCUCACCUCCCUCCAGUGCCUCCUCUUCUCCAUCUGCGCCUCCUCUCCUCUCCUCCCUCUCCAGUACCUCACCUUCAUCCUGCAGGUCCUCAACCGCUCCUUCCUCUACGGAGGCAACGCAGCCUUCAUCAGCAUCGCUUUUCCUGGGGUCCACUUUGGGAAGCUGUAUGGUUUGGUGAUGUCUCUGUCUGCCGUGGUGUCACUGCUGCAGUACCCCUGUUUCGCCCUGGUCAAAGGAGCCCUAGGUGGAGACCCCUUCUAUGUGAACAUCGCUCUGACUCUCCUCACUCUACUGGCAUUCAUCCAUCCAAUCAACAUCUUCUACCACUGCAGGAAACUGACCAAUCAGAGGGAGGAUAUGGCCGGCGGUGCUGCCAUCACAUUGGCUGAGGCCAAAAUGUAGGGCACAUUACAUGAUGGUCCUGAGCCAAGGGAAACAGGAAUUGUCUUAUUUCUAAUUGUUUAAAGGGAAUAUGUGAAUAUGUAAAAUAAUAAAACACUUUUUUAUACUUAUGUUUUACAGUAAUCCCAUAUUCCAUCAGUAUGUUUUGUUGGAUAGUUGUCAAUAAAAAUGAUUAUCCAUUA